AUGCUGCCCUUGUCGCUUUUGAAGAAUAAUUUUGCCGUGGAAGAAUCUGUGCCGUUGACCUCUCGCGAAGCUGCGUCUGGUCUUUUUGGUUCUAUCUCUUUGACUUGUUGGAUCUUUCUAUUGGCUCCUCAGCUUAUCGAAAACUAUCGCAAUGGAAAUGCAGACGCCAUCUCUUUCGCCUUUAUCUGUAUCUGGUUCGUGGGUGAUGUGACAAAUUUUAUCGGAGGUGUCUGGGCUGGACUGGUACCGGUUAUCAUUCUUAUCGCGGUCUACUACUGUCUCGCCGACGGGAUUCUCAUCGGACAGUGCCUAUACUACAAAGUCAAGAACAAACGCCACGCCCUUCACAGACGUCGCUCAUCGACCGAGACCCCAGACCCGACCACUCCCUUGCUAGGCCGCCGAUUCAGCGAUAGUUUUGAAGGACGGGAUGCGUCUGGUCGACGCACCAGCCAGGCGGAAGAUGCGCUGGCCAAGAUUAUCGAGGAGCGAGAAUCAGGCCGCAGUGCCUGGAUCAAGAACACUGGCAGUGUCUUGGGUAUCUGUUUGAUUGGAAUGGCGGGUUGGACUAUGGCCUGGCAAUCAGGAGCUUGGAAGCCGACUCCGGAGGACCACAACGGAGGCGUGGACAUGGCCGCCGGUGCUCAGGUGCUGGGAUAUAUCAGUGCGAUUGCGUAUCUAGGUGCGCGACUCCCUCAAAUUUACAAGAACUACAGUGAAAAAUCAUGCGAAGGGCUUUCUCUCCUAUUUUUCAUUCUGUCUCUUAUGGGCAACUUGACCUAUGGUGCUGGGAUCCUCUUUCACUCCACCGACAAGAACUAUAUCCUGACCAAUCUCCCUUGGCUGAUUGGCUCCCUGGGAACAAUGGUCGAGGAUGUCACCAUUUUUGUGCAGUUCCGUAUCUACGCCGUUCGCAGCGAGUCGACGGCCACGAUGUGA